CUGCGUUUGGAACUGCCUGGUCCGGGACUGGAGCUGUAAGGGCGGGUUCGCGCCCCGGAGACUGAGAGCUGGAGCAGCUCAUGCUCUGUGCGCCAGAUUCCUGAUAUCCCCGGCCAGCCCCAGCGGCUCCGCAUCGCUGCCGACAAAAGUUUGGGGAGCUCUGUCCCCUAAAAGACUUCCUCCUCGGAGAGGGGAGAGCGAAAGACUAGGAGGGCGGAUAGAGAAGGGCCCUUUUUGCUUGUCGGGGUCGCAGCGCAGGGUAGCGCCAUGCUACUCUCCAUCCUGGCCGCGUUGUGCCUGUGGCUGCGUCUGGCGCUGGGCGUACGCGGCGCGCCGUGUGAGGCGGUGCGCAUUCCCAUGUGCAAGCAUAUGCCCUGGAACAUCACGCGGAUGCCCAACCACCUGCACCACAGCACACAAGAGAACGCCAUCCUGGCAAUAGAGCAGUACGAGGAGCUGGUGGAUGUGAACUGCAGCGCCGUGCUGCGCUUCUUCCUCUGUGCCAUGUACGCGCCCAUCUGCACCUUGGAGUUCCUGCACGACCCCAUCAAGCCGUGCAAGUCCGUAUGCCAGCGUGCGCGUGACGACUGCGAGCCCCUCAUGAAGAUGUACAAUCACAGCUGGCCUGAGAGCCUGGCCUGCGACGACCUGCCUGUCUAUGACCGCGGCGUGUGCAUCUCUCCUGAGGCCAUCGUCACUGACCUCCCAGAGGAUGCUAAGUGGUUAGACAUCACGCCAGACAUGAUGGUACAGGAAAGGCCUCUUGACAUUGACUGUAAACGCCUAAGCCCCGACCGGUGCAAGUGCAAAAAGGUGAAGCCAACUCUGGCAACGUAUCUGAGCAAAAACUACAGUUAUGUCAUUCAUGCCAAAAUAAAAGCUGUGCAGAGGAGUGGUUGUAAUGAAGUAACGACAGUGGUGGAUGUGAAAGAGAUCUUCAAGUCCUCAUCACCCAUCCCUCGAACUCAAGUCCCACUCAUUACGAAUUCCUCCUGCCAGUGUCCUCACAUAUUGCCCCAUCAAGACGUUCUCAUCAUGUGUUACGAGUGGCGCUCACGGAUGAUGCUUCUUGAAAAUUGUUUAGUUGAAAAAUGGAGAGAUCAACUUAGUAAAAGAUCUAUACAGUGGGAAGAGAGGCUACGGGAACAGCAGAGGACAAUCCAGGAUAAGAAGCGAACAGCUGGGCGCACGAGUCGUAGUAAUCCUCUGAAACCGAAGGGAAAGCCACCUGCUCCCAAACCAGCCAGCCCCAAGAAGAAUAUUAAAGCUAGGAGUGUCCAAAAGAAAACAAACCCGAAAAGAGUGUGAGCUAACUGCUUUCCAAAACGG